AUGCCGAACGACUCCGACGACGCAGCCUCCUCCACCUGCGUCUCCUUCAACCACCUCAACUGCACGGGGCCCUCCCUCCCGCCGCUGAGCCGUCACCUUGUCCUCGCCCUCCUCCUCAUCUUCAUCGCCGCCACCAUCCUGGGCAACCUGCUCAUCAUCGCCGCCAUCGCCUCCUUCCGGCAGCUGCAGACGCGGGCCAACGCGCUCGCCCUCUCGCUGGCCGUCUCCGACCUCCUCGUCGGCGUCCUCUGCAUGCCCUCGUCGACCCUGAAGACCAUCUACAACUGCUGGUUCUUCCCCGACGUGCUCUGCCACUGGCACUUCUUCGCCGACUACAUGUUCACCACCGCCUCCGUGCUGCACGUCACCUGCAUCGCCUUCGACCGCUACGUGGCCAUCACCGACCCUCUGCGCUACGCGGCGCGCGUCACUCCGCGCACGCUCGUGGCGAUGCUCGUGUUCUGCUGGCUCGGCUCGGCGCUGGUGUCGUCGCCGAUACUGCUCAGCCUGAGCAAUGGCGACGCCCUGUCGGGCCCCACCAUUCACAGGAUCCUGUGCCCCAACGACUGCUUCUUCUACAUCAGCAUCGGCAUCAUGCUCGUCAUCGGCAUGGGGCCCUACUUCGCGUCCAUGCUCGUGGUGGUGGCGGUGUACGCGCGGAUCUACGCCGUCGCGCGGGGCCAGGCGAGGAAGAUCGCCGCGUCGGCGAGCGGCUCCCAGACCCGCGGGCACGCCGACGAGAGCGCCAACUCGGCGAGCGUGAAGAGCCUGAAGCGAGAGCACAACGCCACCAAGACGCUGGGCGCCAUCAUCUGCUCGUUCCUGCUCUCGUGGCUGCCCUUCUACAUCAUCACCAUCAUCUCGAUGUUCGUCAACGACAUGUUCCUCUCCUACCGUGUCACCCUCUGGCUGGGCUACAUCAGCUCCAUCGUGAACCCCUUCCUCUACGCUCUGCUCAACAGGCAGUUCCGCGCCGCGUUCCGCACCUUGCUCAGUGUCAAGGUGUUCUCCGUCCUGGGCAGCCGGGGCGCCGAUUUGAUGGGGGUUAAGAAAUCCUGA